AUGUCCACCAAAGUUGCACCAACGGUCCAGGUGGCCGAAACAGAUCGUAAGGGAAGUACUUCGGAAGGUCUCAGCUCGUACAAUGAAGAGUAUCUGGUUGGCGAGCAAGAGGAAAUUUUUGACAGCUCCCUUGAGAAGAGCAUCUGCUGGAAAUUUGAUUUGAGAAUUUUGCCUAUGAUCGCGAUAAUGUAUCUAUUCAACGCUUUAGACAAAGGAAACAUUUCGAAUGCAAAAACGGACCACAUCGAUAAGGAUUUGGGAAUUGUAGGUCAGCAAUGGAAUAACAUGCUGUCCAUUUUUUAUAUCCCCUUUGUGCUUUUCGCCUUUCCACUUUCGUUGGUUAUUAGGAAAUACAACGCUGCCAAUGUCAUCCCGAUGCUGAUGUUCACGUUUGGAUCGAUCUCACUGUUGAGUGCCACAGUUUUUAACUACGGCUCCCUUAUGGCAGCCAGAUGGUUCCUUGGAAUUUGUGAAUCUGCCUUCUUGCCCGGGAUAAUCUAUUAUCUCAGUACUUUCUACCGUCGUCACGAACUGGCUAGCAGGCUCUCCAUAUUUUAUGCGGCUGCCAAUGUUGCAAAUGCAUUUUCGGGCUUGUUAGCCUUUGGUGUCUUUCAAAUCAAGCAUAGCAAGUUAAAGGGAUGGCAAAUAUUAUUUUUGAUCGAAGGUGCCGCCACCGUCCUGUUUGCGAUCGUGGCCUUUAUGUAUCUGCCAAGAAGUCCCGCCAGCUCCAAGUUUUUAAGUCAACGGGAGAAAGAUUGUGCAAGAUGGAGAAUUGAAACAGACUCUUCGGCAAAGGCCACCCAAGGUGUCUCGUUAAUGGAUGCUGUAAGGGUUUUCAAGCAUCCUAUUGCAAUUGCUUGGAUGCUACAAGAAAUCAUCAUUGGCGUGCCGCUAAAUUCGAUCAACAAUUGGUUCCCUCAAAUUGUUCAAUCAUUGGGUAAAGGCACUGUGCAGACCAAUCUUUACACCGUUGCACCAAAUAUAUGGGGAGCGGUAGCGCUUUUGAUUCUAUCGUUCUCAUCAGAUUACACUCGCGUCAGAUCUGUCUUCAUAAUGAUAGGCGUGGCUGUGACCUUAAUCGGUUUUGUGGUUUUUGGAUGUAUAGAUACGCAGUCCCAUUUGGGAGCAGCCUAUUUCAGUUGCUUUUUGAUGACUACAGGCUCCUCGGUCUCCUCUGUACUGACUUCUACCUGGUACAACAAUAAUACACCGAACGAGAAUCGCCGGGUGGUGCUAUCUGCGGUAGGGGUGCCACUAGCGAACGCUGCUGGACUAAUUUCCACCAAUAUAUUCAGAGAAAAGGACGCUCCAAAGUAUUUGCCAGCUCUCGGCAUCACUGCUGGUUUCGGUGGUGCCGCGAUACUUUUGAUCGCUGGUAUACUCUGCUAUAUGAUUUUCGAUAACCGUCGUAGGAAUAAGACACAAGGAGUUCAAUUGACCUACAAGGACGUUCCAACAUCGGAGUUGGCGGACGGUCCCGAAAAUCCUAACUACAGAUGGAUGUACUAA